AUGUACAAUCUCCUUCUUCUUCAGUUUGGUAACAUCAUACGUUCACUGCCACCAGUUUCCUACAUCAAAGCAAUCGACAUCUGGAUGUUCACAUGUGUUGCCUUCAUUUUCGCUUCACUUCUUGAGCUGGCAUUCGUCGCCUAUCAGGCCUUAUCUAUAAAUUCUGACAAGAUUUCUUCUGAAGCAAACUCGCUUGAACGGGAAAUCGCGGCUAGACGGCGACUGAACUAUUUGAAGAAGAAACGACGGCUCCUCGAUUUCGGCAAUCAAGUCGAUCGGAUCUCAUUUUUUGCCUUCCCCACGGUGAGUGUUGUUUGA